AAGGGGGUGUGGCGCCGUAGGGUCCCACGGGGAGGAGGCGUGGCCUGGGCGGGAUUAAGCAGGCUUGGAGGCGUGCCUGCUGGUGAGGAGGGGGAGUGGUCAGGAAGUCCCCUGGGGCGAGUGGGCGUGACUCAUACUGUUGCGGUGGGGGCGUGGUCUCCGGCGCCGGUGAGGGGGCGUGGCGGCGCGCUGCCGUCAUUCGGGGGGCGGGGACACGCCUAGGUGACGUGUCAGCCUCUGGUUUCUGGUCCGGUUUCUCUGGCUCGGUCCCUGGGGAAGAAGCAUUAUCAGCCCGGGCGGCGGAGGCGGCGGCAGCAGGCAGCAGCGCGGAGGCUCUAUUCCCAAUUUGCCCGCCUCAGGUGAGAUGGCUAUAUGGCAGAGAUGGAGGAGCCCUAGGUGGUCAGAAGACCUGAGUUAAAAGCCAGCUUUGGAAACUUCUAACUGAGUGACCCUGAACAAGUCACUUAACUUUAGUUUGCCACUAUUUCCUCGUCUGUAAAUUGAGGAUAAUAAUACACCUGUUGCCUCUGUGAGGAUCAGAUGAGCUGAUAUUUGAAAAGUGCCUAGGAUAUCUUCUUCCUUUCUCCCUUUGGCACUGUACAACACAAAAAUCUUGAACGUGGAGUGAUAGCCUCGGUAGCCUCGGUGUUUAAAGGGCCAUCGAUGUGACCCCGUCCGAGGUUAUGCGUCUAAAUGAACACGAGGAAACGCUACGGGUCUAAGAACACGGAUCAGGGAGUCUACCUGGGUCUCUCAAAGACACAGGUGCUGCCCCCUGUAGCAGCUGGCAGUGGCAGCGGCGGAGGCGGCAGCACCCCCACCACCACCACUACGCCCCCUUCAUCAGGCCCCCCUCCUGACACCAUGUCCUGUCGAGACCGAACUCAGGAGUUCCUGUCUGCCUGCAAGUCCCUGCAGAGCCGGCAGAAUGGACUCCAGACAAAUCGCACGACAGCCCUCAGUGCUGUCCGGCAGCGCAGCGAGUUCACUCUCAUGGCCAAGCGCAUCGGGAAGGACCUGAGCAACACCUUCGCCAAGCUGGAGAAGCUGACCAUCUUGGCCAAGCGGAAAUCCCUGUUUGAUGAUAAGGCCGUGGAGAUCGAGGAGCUGACCUACAUCAUCAAGCAGGACAUUAACAGCCUCAACAAGCAGAUCGCCCAGCUCCAGGACUUCGUCAGGGCCAAGGGGAGCCAGAGCGGGCGCCACCUGCAGACCCACUCCAACACCAUCGUGGUGUCCCUGCAGUCCAAGCUGGCUUCCAUGUCCAAUGACUUCAAAUCUGUUUUAGAAGUGAGGACAGAGAAUCUGAAGCAGCAGAGGAGUCGUCGGGAGCAGUUUUCCCGUCCGUCCGUGGCAGCUCUUCCCCUUGCUCCCAACCACCUUGGGGGGGGCGCCGUGGUGUUGGGGGCUGAGCCCAGGGCCGCUGGGGAUGUGGCCAUCGACAUGAUGGACUCGAGGACCAGCCAGCAGCUGCAGCUCAUUGAUGAGCAGGAUUCCUAUAUCCAGAGCAGGGCAGACACCAUGCAGAACAUCGAGUCCACCAUCGUGGAGCUGGGCUCCAUCUUCCAGCAGCUGGCACAUAUGGUCAAGGAACAGGAAGAAACCAUCCAGAGGAUCGACGAGAACGUUCUGGGGGCCCAGCUUGAUGUGGAAGCUGCCCAUUCGGAGAUCCUCAAAUAUUUCCAGUCGGUCACUUCCAACCGCUGGCUUAUGGUCAAAAUCUUCCUCAUCCUCAUCGUUUUCUUCAUCAUCUUUGUGGUCUUCCUGGCCUGAGGCUUCCAUGCCUCUUGGGAGGAAUCGUUCCCCUGGAGCCCUGUGGCUGGGCCUCUCCAGGGUGGGGAGAGGGCAGGAGGCCAUCCCUCCACCCCGGUCCUGGGACUGACUGAGCCGGUCUGUGCCCUGUGCCCCCUCCCCACCUGUGUCCUUCUUCUCCUUUGCCCAGACCAAUGUGGCUUUGGACUGCCAUGAAAGGGCAGGGGGGCAGUGCUGCGACAGAGCUCUAGUAGGAGGCUGCCUGGGCCUCUCCUGAGCCUUUUCCUUUGGCUUGGACACCUUCUGCCCCCUGGCCUUCACUGUGGGGGGCUGAGGGCCAGCCCCGAGCUCUCUCCCGACACCCCAGAACCCUCCAGCAGGCUCCCAAUGACUGUGUCAAUUUGCCAAAGGCACUGUCACCCCAAUUUGCCGGAAUUACAGCAAGACAGUCAGCCCUCUCGGCCUUGUCCUCAUUUCGGGGGGAGGGAGUGCCACAGGGGUUGGCCUGCCCGCCCCCCACUCACUGGCACAGUGCCAGGAACCCAGGCUCUGGUGAAGCAUGCCAGGGGAGUGCCUGCUGGGCCCUUUAUCCCUGGCAUUGGCCCCUUCUCUGUGGGCCCAGGAAACCCCAAGGACACUUGGAAUCUGAUGUCUGGGCCCCUGCCUGGGGCGGGGUGGAGGAGGAAGGCUCCCCGGAGCCUCCCUGGGGUUAGCUGUGCCCAGCCUCCUCCAGGCACUGCCUUCUGGGCCCCCCCACUCAGAACGCGCUGGGAGCCUGAAGGGGGCGGCCACACGGCUCUGCCCUCGUUUCUGAUCUUCAGACGUGGCCAAGGCAGGCAGUCCUCACACGGACCCUCCUCAGCGUCCCAGGGACCCUCGAGCUGCCUGCCUUUCCCCAGCCCCCAAAGCAUCUCUUCAGACCGAGUUCCUGCCCGCUGCUGGGGGAGGCUCCAGGGGUCCCCGUGAGCCUGGAUGUUUCUCCCACUCCUGCCGCACCCUGAAGCCAGCGAACCUGCAGCCGGGGGUCCCCACCUCCACGGAGUGUGCCGAGCUCUAGGGCCGCCUCAGUCUCGGACCUUUGACUCCUUUGGGGGGCAGCUGGGAGGUGGCAGGUCUUGGGGGCCACGAUUAGCAUACUGGUCCCAGGCCCCCCAUCCCGCCUGGGCCUCAGGCUCAGAGAGGAUGGGGAGGAGGCCACAGGACCUGGGUUUGAAUCCCCGCUCGCUCCCCGUCCUACAGAUGUGACCUCAGCCCAGUCAAUAAAAAGUUUUCCCGGCA